AUUUUUUGACACACGCCGUAGAUCUGCUCUAAUAGCCUAUCGCAGUUUGAGACACACAGUCACACACACACACAUACGUACUGAACCAAAAAAAGCACACUCCUCAACUCCACCGGUGGGGGGUGGGGGGGACACAGAUACCAGAUGAGAUUUGUUUCCAAACGCGCACCGAUGGCGGUGUGAGGCGUUUGGCUGAGAAGUACGCACGGCGCUGUGGAUUUGUAAACCUUUUUUUUUUCUGUGUGUGUGUGUCUGUGUGUGUGUGCAUCUUCUUCCUGUCUGGAUCCCAGGGCUGAGGGGAAAUAAACAAAGCUAUGGAUUACUCAAUAUGCCUACUUUUACUCCUGUCAACCAUUUCGUCUGUGUCGGUCGGACAAUUCCCAACAUCGAAGAUAAUAAAAGACUGGGUGGACCAGAUGCAAAAAGAGUUGAUCACAUUAACAGACACAGCCAGUGGUAUGCAGCACCUAAUACAGAUAUAUCAUAAACACAGUCCUCACUUCACCGUUGAGACCAACAAUGCGAUUGAACUGGUGGCGACGGCUGCUGGGAAUAUCGAGAGGCUGCUGGCUAACCGCUCCGAAGCCCUAAAGAGGCUGGCGUCAGAAGCAGAAAGGUAUCAAAUGGAGCACGAUUGGAUGAGGUACGACAGCGAGGACGAAAAAAUCGUUUACUACAAUGCCAAAGAGGACCUUAACCAGACGGAGGAAGCAAAAAGAGAAAAUAAACGAUAUAUUCCAGAUGAUUUCGACAUAGACCCUGACUUCAAACGACUCGUUUCCUACAACACCACUGCCGUCCACAUCCCUACGGAUAUAUAUGAACGCUCUACCAUCAUUUUGAAUGAGCUAAAUUGGACAGAGGCCUUGGAGGACGUUUUCCGGAAAAACAAAGAGGAAGAUCCGUCACUCCUUUGGCAGGUGUUUGGCUCUGCUACCGGAUUGGCUCGGUACUACCCAGCAUCCCCUUGGAUCAACUCGAGCAACUCCGCCGAUAAGAUUGACCUCUACGAUGUGCGCAUGCGACCGUGGUACAUUCAGGGGGCGGCGUCACCGAAGGACAUGCUGAUCCUGGUGGAUGCGAGUGGCAGCAUUUCGGGUCUCACCCUCAAACUCAUCCGGACGUCAGUCAGCAAGAUGCUGGAGACUCUCUCUGACGACGACUACGUGAACGUGGUCUAUUUUAAUGACCAGGCCAGGUACGCAUCGUGCUUUGAGAACCUGGUGCAGGCCAACGUCCGCAACAAGAAGAAGCUGAAAGAGGCCGUGCAGGAAAUCACCGCCAAGGGUAUCACCAACUACAGAAGCGGCUUUGAGCUGGCCUUCAAGCAGCUUGCACAGAUGAACGUGUCAAGGGCCAACUGUAACAAGAUCAUUAUGCUCUUCACCGACGGAGGAGAAGAAAAGGCAGAAGAGAUCUUUAAAAAAUACAACCCCAAUCAAGCGGUGCGCAUCUUUACGUUUUCAGUCGGUCAACACAACUACGACAAAGGACCAAUACAGUGGAUGGCCUGCGCUAAUAAAGGGUACUACUAUGAGAUCCCAUCUAUAGGUGCAAUCAGGAUCAACACUCAGGAAUACCUGGAUGUUUUGGGCAGGCCUAUGGUCAAGGAAAGCAAAAAGGCCAAGCAGGUUCAGUGGACCAACGUCUACCUGGAUGCACUGGAGCUUGGCCUGGUGAUCACUGGAACUCUGCCCGUCUUCAACAAGACCAACACGGGCUCAAAGAAAGCUCAGAAGUUUCAGAACCAGCUCAUCUUGGGAGUGAUGGCUAUUGAUGUCUCCCUGGAAGAUAUCAAGAGAUUGACCCCUCGGUUUACUUUUGGACCAAAUGGCUACUACUUUGCCAUUGACCCCAAUGGAUAUGUGCUGCUCCACCCCAAUCUCCAACCACUGACUGCCAAGUUCGAUGAACCUGUGACGCUGGACUUUCUGGACGCAGAGCUGGAGAGUGACAUCAAAGUGGAGAUACGAAAACAAAUGAUUGACGGAAAUCACGGCAAUUACACAAUAUCUACAUUGGUGAAAUCCCAAGAUGAGCGCUACAUUGACUUAACUCAGAGGACGUACACCUUUGCACCAGUGAAGGGGACUGAUUACAGCCUGGCUCUGGUCCUUCCUGAGUACAGUAAGCAUUAUAUCCAGGCCAACAUCGGCGACACAAUCACCCAGGCAAAAUCGUUUGUGGGGAAAAAUGUUUCUGAAAGCCUGCUGGCGGACAAGUUUGAUGAAUAUGGCUAUACCUUUAUUGCACCGAGAGUGUACUGCAAGGACUUAAAGCCACCUGAAAAGGACAAAAACAACACAGAGUUCCUCAUGGAGUUCAACAAUUACAUUGACACCAAGACUCCAAACCAUCCCUUGUGUAAUGUGGAGUUGGUGAACCGAUUGCUCCUGGAUGCUGGCAUCACGUCAGAACUGAUCAAGAUUUGGAAAAAAAAAGACUUGCAGCAUGGUGUCUUGGCCAGAUUUGUUGCCACCGAUGGAGGGAUCACACGGGUCUACCCCAAAAGUGCUGGGCUGUCCUGGAAAGUGGAAGCAGAGACAUAUGAGUCAAGUGUCUAUAAGCGUAGUUUGGACAAUGAUCUGUACAUCUUCACUCCAACUCCCUACCCUAAAGAGAACUCAAGUGACGACUCAGUCCUGGUGAGCAGAGCAGUAAACAUCAACAUUAAUGAUAUCACACUCAAACCAGCUGUGGUCGGCGUGAAGUUGGACAUUAGUGCCUGGAUGGCGAGCUUCAUCAACACCACACAGAGGAUGAAUUGCAAUGAUGAGAUCUGCGGCUGCCAGCGGAACCAUCCGUAUGUAGAUUGCGUCAUUCUGGAUGACGGGGGUUUCCUGGUGAUGUCUAAUCAAGAUGACGAUAUUAGUCAGAUUGGGAAUUUCUUUGGCGUUAUCGACCCAAUCCUCAUGAGAAACCUUGUCAACUCGUCCCUGUUCACCUCUAAAAAGACCUUCGACUACCAGUCGCUCUGUGACCCCAAGAAAAAGAGCAAGGUGGCUGCAGGACCGCGAUCCGUCUACGUGCCUACGAUUGCAGAUAUUCUCAAUGUAGGAUGGUGGGCGACAGCUGCAGCCUGGUCAGUGCUGCAACAGUUACUGGUCAGCAUCACAUUCCCCAAUUUCCUGGACGCAGCCGAGAUGGAUGAUGAAUUGCCAGAAGCCAUGCGUAAAGAGGUCUGCACCACAGAGCAAACUCAAUACUACUUUGAGACCAACCAGCUGACUUUCAGGGGCAACAUCGACUGUGAAAACUGCACCAGGAUGUACCAUGCUGAAAAGCUGCCCAAGACGAACCUGGUCUUUAUCAUUGCUGAUGCAAAACCCACCUGCUCAUCCUGUGACACCAAGCCGUUAAUACAGGAUGAACAGCCGUCUGAUGGUCCUAAUCCAUGUGAACGGGCUCAAAAUCCACGGUACAGGAAAGGACCCGCAGCCUGUUUUGAUAACACUGAACACGAGCAGGACCCCGACUGUGGUGGUGUGUCCGGCCUGGCCCCCUCACUUUGGCUAAUGUUGGCCCUUCAGCUGGUGCUCCUCUGGGUUUUGACUGGUUCCAGACACCACGCCAUCCCGUCAUGACCUCUGAACAUCUGACCACACACGGCCCCCCCUCUCUCUCUCACCCUCGGUUAUCUCUAAAAAUGGCAACCAGCAUGCAACGCUGCCUCCGCCCGAUGAGAAGUGCUUGUAACAAACAAACAAAAACCUGUGAGCCCCACAUCCUUCCCCGUUUCUUCUUUUUAUACGUUCAUUUUCAGGGGUUUCUCAAAGUGUCGAGGGUGCAAGUGAUGAAAGAAAUGUUUCUUGGAAGAUAUUGGUUCGAGAGAUAAAGAAAGAACUUGACCUUCGCCUAUCCUUCAUCCCGUCAAUGGUCCCCGCCAGCUGAGAUUAGAGGAAUCCAGAGAUUCAUUUUGAUUGGCGACUACGGAACUUUCUCUGGCUUGAUGUCAUUGAUGAAAGAGAUUGGACUGCCUUAGAGUGUCAGAGGGAUUUAAAUCACAAUGGGGGGUGGCUUGGUGUUUAUUAAAGAUAUUGAGCAGUUUUAUUCGACACUGCCAGAAACAGCGUUGCCCUUUGCAAGCGUACCGUUUAUUUUGAAUCGAUUUGCAGUGGCUAGUUAUUAGGUAUUUAUUGUUUUGUGGUUGAGAAUUCAGCUAAGAUUGCAGUAACUGAUGCCACAUUGUUACAUCACGAGCUUGUGUCCCUCACUUUUGUCGCAGUCUGAUUUUUAGAUAGCACUUCCCGAAACAUUUGAACAGUAUCUCUGAGGGUUCAAAAAAGAUGUCUUUACUCUAGAAUCGUGUGUUCUUUCAUGUAGAUACUGUGUUUUUGCAGUGUGGAAAUCAUGCUCAUUGUUAUGUUUAUGCACAGAAAACCAACCCUUCAACUGCCACAGAGCGCCUGCUUCAGAGUGUAUAGAUUUUAACUUUGUAGCUGAUCAUCUAACCAUCAGCCCCCGAUCAAGAGUGGUAAAUAAAAUGGAUUUCCCACCUUGGUGUUGGAUUGCUCCAAUGAAAACUUUGCCAUAGUGCGCAUUAACCAAUCAGGGUGAGCCUGGCUGGUGUCCGGUGCAUGCUCAUUGGACAAAAUCUCUAGUGCCAUGUUGGACCGUGUGACUCAGAUGAACCCGUUCGCUUUGCAGGCUGUGGCUAGCAUGCUACUGUUUUGGAUUUUAUUUUAUUGCCACCACUAGAGAAGAUGAAUGAAUAAGAGGGUUAUAAGAAUUUGUAUUUGACAUUUUGGUCAGCAAAACAGGAAAACACAACAUUUGUAUUCACUGCUGUCACUUUGUAAAUGAAAUGACUACUAUCUGCACUGCGAUUCAAAGUGCAGCUGUUAUUUGUCUUUACAGUUUGAUCUCCUGACUGAGGAACGAGCUCUAUAUCUAUGUAGUAGUGAGGUUCCUUCUUGCAGUUUAUUAUUCUGUGGUAUGAUAUCACCCAGCAGAAAUCACUGCAGUCAGUCCAUGCUUAUGAUCCUGUCUACUGCUGUAUUCCAUUUUCUCCAAUAUAAGUUCAUCUUGUUUCAUUUUUGUGUGCCUUCUUUUACAUUACGUACAUACAGUUUUAAUAAUUUAAGUGUCAACAUUUACAGAUGGUUUCAUGAAAACGGUGUCAUCUUUUUUUUCCUUUUCUUUUUUUUGUCAGAGCGCAGAACAGUUUUGUUAGGAAAUGCACUGACUAGUCACACCCCUGCUGCAGAGCAGAAGAAAUCUGACGUUAUUGGUAAACAACAAAUCUCACAGGACCAAAUCCAGAUUCUUACAACCAGUUAACUGUCAAUAAAGUACUAAAUGUGUCAGCAAGAAUUUGAGUAAAUACUUAAAAGGCAUUUUAUUCAUAUCUGGCGAUGCAAUAUAGAGAAGGACAUGCUGUGUUUUAGUGGUGGAUUUAUGUAUUUAUUGAGGAUUAAUUGGGCAGGAAAUAAUACAUCAGACAGAAAAUUUGUUGUGAACGAACUUCAAAUCCUUAAAUAUAAAAAUGUCAUUUUUAUUUAAACCAGCUGCACUUUGCCAGUUUGUUUGUCACUGAGCAAUCCCAUAAUUUGAUCAUCAAUUGUCUGUUGGCAAGAAUUGACAAUCACGGGUUAAAAUGAUUCAUAUUUAAGUUGUGUGUGAUACCUUGUUAGUUCACUUAGAAGACCGAUAACCUGCCAGAACAGUAACCAUGAUGUUACAACUGUAAAGUGAUACUUUAAGGAUACGCUCCACAGCAUAGUAGCAGCCCCAAAUCACCAAGUUUCCUUCUAACUUACUGUUAAACAUGUUCAAUUUCAACUGUGUUUUCAGAUCAUAACAUCAACAAAGGAAGUAAUUUGUGGAUUUGUGGGAUGUUAUAUAAUCCAUAAAACAAAAGCAGGGAGUGCAUCUUUUUUAUGUAAGCCUAAUCUAUAAACACUGAUGCAUGUUUGCGGGAAAUUACUUAAUCCUGUGGGGAAGUGAAAACCACAGGAACUAAGCUGUGUGCACCACAUUGUCACUAACAUUCAUCUCCCACUCUCUUCAGCAUUGUUACAGUUAAAUAAUUGCUGUGAUGUCAUACUUCUAAUAAUGUCAGUUUUUAUAUUAAAGGCGUUCCUCCAAGUCAGGUCAGGGAGUGCUUGUUAGUCCAUCUCAUUUCGUGGCAAAGCUCCACCACCACCACCACCACCACCAUCAUCAUCAUCAGAACUUUCCAAGUCGUCUGAGGAGCACUUUUUACUCAGUGUUUUCCUCUAUCUUAAACUAUAACCUUCCAACAAAAAAAACAAUGUGGUGAAACUAACAAUGGUAUUUAUGCUCCUCAUUUACUAACACUCAAAAAUAUCAAGUGCCAUAUAGGACUCUCUUAUUCUCUUGUGGAGAAACCUAUUAUCGUAAUAUAACAUUUAUGCAAUUUACUAAGGCAAGAUGUAAGUCUCAUAAAUUGUUUCCCUGUGCUGCAUGGUAGUGAUCGACAAUUUGAUAUAAAAAAAAAA